GGUCUGUUCUAUAAAAAGGAGGUCCGAGAAAGAAAGGAAGCGACGAAAUACGGUACAGGCGAAAGGUGGUGUCACAUGACUAAGAAAUGCAUACCAUUCCGUGUCUAUCGUAUUCGUGUCGUUCCGUGUUUUAUACCGACCCUGCGCAGCUGUGCGUUUGACUCACGCAUGGGAAAACAUGGCGGCCGCUCCGUUGUUGCUGUUUAUGGAAAGUUGAACACCCGCACCCUCCCUAAAAAUAGCGCCCACCCCCACCAGUUGUACCGUCAUGAAAGCUGCAUUUCUCAUCCCCUCACCAGGGACAGUCGGGCGGCGUUUGUCUGGCUAAAUGUGACAGAAACGGCGACGGGAAAACGUCGCAUCAAGUGGGCCUGCACCGUCUGACACUUCCUGCACGUUUUCUGUCGUCUGCAGAGUUCUGUGUUUUUCUCGGGAUUUUGUCGUCUGCUGCGGGAAGGACCGAGUUGGAGCGAGCCACGCGGUUCUUGGAGGACAGCUGUACGGAUGAUCAUGACGGUGGAGAGAACUGAGAACGCUGCGGUAGUGGAGCAGCCGGGGCAGGCCGGGGCCCAGGGGCACGCGUCGCCCGGCCAAGGGGUCCAACAGCCCCGCCAACUGCACCGCGAGGUCGCCCCGGCCCACCAAGAACACCAGCCCCAAACAUCGGCACACGCACAGCCAAGACUGCAGACGAACGAGAUGAUUCUACAACAGCUCAGAGAAAUCACAGGUGUGGAUGAUGUCCGAGCUCUGGACCACGCCUACCAGGCUGGUAAGGGUGACCUUGCUGAGGUUGUGUCCAUCCUGACCAAUCAGAACGUGUCUCUAGUGACCAACCGGAAUGGUGAAGUCGUGCAGGUACAAGUUCAGGUUCGUAAUGCACAGCGGCCACCAGGGCAGGCAGGCAGGCCAGACGGCAGGGCCAACACACAAGAACCUGCUGGAGUGAUUGACCUGACAGCCGACACAGAAGACAAGGAUCAGGAUGACCUGCAGCGAGCCAUCGCCCUCAGUCUGCAGGAGGCACAGACAGCCAACACUGACAACAGACCCCAGGGGGAGUGCAGGCCCAAGAGGAGAAAAAGCAGUGUGUCGUGGGACAACGUGCAGGAGACUCCCCGAGAAGCAGGCUGGCCCGUGGGGCUGAAGAACGUGGGCAACACCUGCUGGUUCAGCGCUGUCAUCCAGUCUUUGUUUCACCUGCCAGUGUUCAGAGACUUAGUGCUGGGAUUCCGAUUUUUCCCCAAGGAUUGGCCAGCCAACAGCAGGGAGAGCCUGGUGCUCCACUUCAUGCAGGAGCUGCGCUGCCUGUUUGCCCGUAUGCAGGGCUCCAACAGGAAGUACAUCGACCCCACCUGCGUGGUGAAGAGCCUACGGGAGCUCAUUCCCAUCAGGGCAGGGGAGACACAACAGGAUGUGAGUGAGUUCACCCAUAAGCUGUUGGACCUGUUAGAGGAAGCCUUCAUCAUUGUACAGCGCAGGCAGGGUGCACAGCCUGGCAGCUCGGCUAGCGCCAGCAGCUCUGAGAGCGGAGGUGACAAGAAGAGUAACCCCAUGUUGGACCUGUUCUAUGGGCGGAUCCAGGCUGAGGGCAUGCAUGCCGGUAAGAUGUUCACCAACCAGCAGACAGUGGGGCAGUACACCCUGCAGGUGAAUGGCUUCAAGGACCUGCACGAGAGUCUAGAGGGCGCCACUGCACAGGGUGAGAUUGAGACAGGCCACGAGGAGGGGUCCACCAAGUCUGGACAGGAGUCGGGUUCCAGUAAAUGUUGGCAAGAGCAUUGGUUCACACAUCUACCACCAGUGUUGACCUUUGAACUGUCCAGGUUUGAGUUCAACCAAAAGUUAGGCAAAGCAGAAAAGAUUCACCACAAGUUGGAAUUUCCCAAGUUUCUGUACAUGGAUAGAUAUCUUGUAAAAAAUAAGGAGGUGACAAGACAGAAGAGAGAGCAUAUGAAAAGUAUGAAGGAGGAAAUGGAUUCACUACAAGCCAAAUUGGACAGUUUUCUGAACUACGGGUCUGGCUACAAACGUCUCCCCCUGCCUGACAUUCUGAAGUACACCUUGGAGUUUGCUGAGAAGAGCACAGUGGAGGUGACACAAGGCCAAGUGCAGAGGAGCAACGGCAAUGGCAGCAGCAGGGUAGCUAAUGGGAACGGCUUAAAUGGAAGCAGUGAGAAGAAAGAUGAAGAGGACGGAAGUUCUGACGACUUUGAGGUUAUCUCAGCAAUCCACUCUGCAGACACGUUGGCCUGCUUGUCCAAGAAGACGUUGGAUGCCGUGGCAACCAAGAAAGCCGCACCCGUCCCCUCCUCUGGAGACACGGCCAUCCCCAGUAAAGUUCACAUUCCCUGUCCACACCAUGUCACUAAGGAGGAGCUUGCUGUACUGCAGACCUGCCUACGACGCUGGAGACAUGAAGUAGAAAAAGAAGUCAAAGGAUUGCAAGAUAGAAUUUUGUACUUACAGGCCAAGAUUGAAAACUUGUAUGAAGACAAUUCAUUAAAACAGGUGCCUUACCAGUUACAUGCAGUACUAGUCCACGAGGGGCAGGCGUCCGCCGGCCACUACUGGGCUUACGUGCGCGAUCACUCCCAGAAUCGCUGGCUGAAGUUCAACGAUGUAACAGUCACGGGAAUGUCAUGGGGGGAACUACUGAGGGAGUCAGAAGGAGGGUACCACCAUGCCAGUGCCUACUGCCUCAUGUACAUAGAUAUCACCAGGAAGGAUCUGGUGGAGGUUAAACUGCAAUGGAGCCAGUAUGAUGAGCUGAAGUUGAUGGUUCUUGCUGAGAAUGAGAGAUUCGUUGCCCAGCAGCGCGACCUUGAGACCAAACAGAGAAGAACGAUGGUUGCUAGGGAAGAGGGCCCACCCGCCAACCAUGGCAGGGGAGAGGACACCACUUCUGAAAGCUCUUCUGGGGAAGGUGCUGACCAACCAUUACAUGGGCAGGAGCCCCGAGGUGACAUCCAGCGUAAACAGCCUCCCCAGGUCAAACCUAAACCUGUUAAUAUGGAGAUCCAGCAGGCGGGCAGGCAGGGGAGGGCAUCACAGUCCACCCCCCUGGACCACAGUGGGCAUGUCCUCAGGGCCACGAUGAAGACGCUCCUGGAAGUCUCCAACAUCCAGGAACAACAGGGACCUGAGAAAGCCCUGAUCAAGGCAGUGAACAUGGAGUAUCACCGUCUGCGCUGCCUGGAAGAGAAAGGCAUCAGCAGACAGUACGACCCCCGGCUGGAACACUGUGUGGUGUACCUCAUCCAUAACAAAGCUUCCAAAGUCCUCAUGGAGAGGGCACUGGUGGAGCAGUUUGCAGACAGGGGACUGUCAGGGGACUCCAAGUGUAUUGAAAUUAUGAAGGUGGCCCAGUCCAAGCUGAAAGUCAUGCAGUUAAGUGAGGAGAACCUGAAAGCUUAUGAGAAAUGGCAUGCUGACUAUGGACUUUUCCAGAAAACAGUUAUGUUUUUGCUGCGUGGUAUAGAGUUUUUCCAUCAAGAGAGGUUCCCCGAGGCCCUGACUUACCUGGUCCACGCCUGGACAUACAACCGGCAGCUACUGGGGGAGGAGGAGGAUUAUGCAAUGGCAGCUGACUCGUCCCUCAUCACUCACUACAGGACUCAGUGCCUUAAGUCCCUUAGUGAACAGGCAUGUGGCCUGUUUGAAAGUGGAGACACAGAGAACGUGGAUGAAGGGCUGCAGCUGAUGGUGGAGCUGGUGGUGCCCUGCAUGGCCCUGCUGCAGGAGCUGGGGGGUACCGACAGUGACCAGGCCAUCGCAGAGGAGAUCCGCAGUAACUGGUGUGACUACCUGGGGCAGGACCUCCCCGACUGGAGCCAGGAGAAGCUGCAGGAUUUCCUGCCGCAGCUGCUGGACUGUUCCGGGGACCUGCAGCAGCUGCGGACUCCUCCUGCAGUCUGGCCAUCGCAGCACCUGGCCGAGUGGUUCAGUACCGUCAUGCAGGCAGUGGUGCAGGCUGAACCAGACACCGUGGACUGAGGACGGCUUGUUUUGGCUGUGAUGCUUUGUUUGCUUUGUUUGGGGAUUCCCAACGUAAGAAAUGAAGCAAGAGGACAACAUGAAAACAAGAGGCUGGAAGGAAAACUUGAGUACUGACUCUCUUUAACUGUUUGUACCAAAGUACAGACUUUCGCCUCUGACUCAGAUGUUGAUUUUGAAGUUCCAGCUUUGCAUCAUUUUUGAAAUCAAAGAGCCAACAAAUUUAAUUGGUAGGACCUUGAUGAGAUCUCUACUUAUAUGAUGUCAGUAUGGAAAUUGACUAUGAAGAAGAAUUUUGGGGGAAUUACAACCUUAAAUUUUUCUUUUGAGCCAAAGACACUGUAAGUAACAUUAUAUGUUCAAGUUGCAAACUGACAUUGUAUGGCAACUGUGUGUUCAAGAUCUGUGUAUGGAAUAUUCAUCUAUGUGUACAGCUAUUGUUUGAUAGUCAACGUUCCCAAAUUGAAUCUUGCAAUGGACAGUGUUACUUACUGGUUUCCUGAGAGUUGAGUGCUGGACUCAAAUUAGUGUGAUAGUAUAAAUAUCUACUGUCAGAUUGUAUGUAACUGACAUGUAUAAUGAGUGUUAAUGUUACAUAGAUUAUGACAAUACAACCGAACAGGACAAGACUGCAAUAGUUUGUUAUUUCAAGUACACAAACAAGUGUAUGUCUAUGUGCAAAAUGUCAAAUUGUAGUUUUUAUACAGAAUGGAAGGUGUGUCAGAACAGAAAAGUCCACCAAAGAGAUUUGUAUCAUGCAGGGCAUUACCCCACCAAUUUACUGUAAGACAGACUUGUAGUGCUAGGGAAAAACAAUUGAUGACCUUCAUGUGCCUUGUUCCAUAGAUGAUAAAUGUUCAAGACUGCGGCUGUAAGCCAGUCACAUUUGCCAGUUAAAGAUUAUUGAGAUAUUCUUCUAAAGCAGGCUGGAAACAGACAGUUAUUUUUAACCUUUAUUACUUGAAGGCUUCCUCAUAGCAUUUCAUUUGUAAACACUGGCACGCUGCAAUGUCAUUCUGGUCGAAAGGGAAAGCAUUGUAAUAUCAUUUUAAGUAGCAAUAAUUGAUGAGGUUGUGGGUCUUUUGCCUGUCUGUGUCCUGUUAAAGAUUUUAACAAUUUUUACUACUUUGCAAAGGCCAGUAUCAUUUUAGUUUGUGUACUCUCAUUUUUAAAAAUCAGAAUAUGCUUUAUUUAAGAUGGCAAGUCCACCAAAGAUUAUAACCAACAAUAUACAUGUUACAUGUAUAAGAAUGCAUCACAAUCUGCAAGAAAUGCAUCAGUUUACUUCACUUGCCUUCAGGAGUCACGAACAUUAAAUCAUAUGAAAAUGGUAACCUUUGAUACACAAAAUAGCAGUAGUCUCUUUACCAUGCAAUCAUAAUCCCGAUUGUACUAUCCUGCAUACAGCUACAUAUCAGGAAAGACUUUUCUCUUGCUCAAACGUCACUGAUGCCUUUCCUCUUUGCUAGGUAAAAAGUCUUCCACAAGAGACGAUCUGUAGUUUAUAAAAGCAAUCUUCAUUGACACAACAAAAGUAGGACUAGUUGUUGAUUUUAAAUUAAAGGCUGCCUAAUGUAAGUUCUUGCCUUGCCUUGCCUUGCCUUAGCCCGCGAUGAUGAUGUAAGUUCAAUAUGGACUGGUGCCAUCAUCUGAAGAAGGGAAGUGCUUUACAUAAUACGUUUCUAACCAGAAGAAAGCCUGAUGAGGGAAAAAUCUUCAGAACACAAUUUGUGUUCAAAUGUUACCACAAACUUCAGUCAGAUCAUGCAAAUCUUAAUCUAUUAUGCUGCUUCAAUGUUUGUGUGGUAUUUAUGAAUAGUUUGUCAUUCUUUUCAUUUAUUCCCUUGAUGCAAUGUUUAAGUUCCAAUCUUUUAGUAUCCAAUUUGUUCCUUCCUCAAAUAUCCUUUGUACAAUAAGAACACCCUUCAUUGUCAGUUUGGCACAACUCUGUAGGAACAGUCUGUAUGUAGUUAUUUAGUAGCUUAAAUGGAUGAUUGUGGUUGUAUGUUUAUGUUAUUUAUUUUGUUUUGUGUUUUAUAGUCAUAUCUGUACAGAUAACUUUACAGUACUACUGGAUAUUGAGGAUUAAAGCAGUUGUUACUACA